AUGUCCGGAGGGCCAUGGAGGACGAGACUGAGGAAUGAAUUAUGUCCUUCAAUCCUUCGAUUCCGAUUCAUAUACCGCUCUUGGUCCUCGUCUCCUCUGCAGGCUGCGAAGAGAGGCCGGCUUCCCACUUACGCGAAACCAGCCAAACCGAAGACGCCGGGUGCUGCACUCGAGACGGUGGCUAAAUCGGAGCAGACCUUGGGAAAGGAUGGCUCCUACUACAUCUCGCCCGACCUUGCCAGUGCAUUGCACGGCCUAGGCUUCUUUUCGAUUCCGACUGUCGUGAAGGUGCUAAGGCGUCUCUGUCAGGAACUGAAACAAGCUCCUCCUGCAAACGCCUUGCUAUCCGCAACCACGCAACAGAGGUUCAUCCAAUUGUCAGAGGAAGGUCUGGGCUCUGCUGAGGUGGCUCUCAUGCGGGAUCCGCAGAUUCUGCGCAAGGCGUUUCAUUCAUUGGGCCAGAAUGCAUUCCACACGCAAAACCGCAAAGGCCAGGAAGGCUGCGAUGCCCUGCGCAUGACAUUCUUUGCGGGAGAGACCGAUGCAGGUGUGGAUGCUGCUGCUGCCGAAAUCGCCCUAGGAAACGCAAUGGGUCGACAGGAGAAUCGCCUUUCUCCGCGAAUCUCUGACUUUAUCAAAGCCAAAGCACUCCAAAGGAGCGAUUGGCGAGCAAUAACACUGUACUUGGACGAAAUGUCGACAAAAAGCGGCACCGAAGCAAGUGCACGAGAGAAUUAUAAUCUUGCCAAAGAUUUAGUCGACAUGGUCGAACCCAGCAAGCAGCUCCGUCGUCAGAACCCGUCUCUCCUCCAGAAUUACAAAUUGCCGUGGAGGGUGCUUCAUGAUGCAGCGGACUCGUACUUGUCUUACCUGGAUCAAGGUCCAGCUUACGACCAGGUCCAAUCAGACCUCGAAAGUGCUAUUCGAGAUGGGCUGUUCAAGUUCUCGGACCUUGCAGCUGCUCCUUUUGCAUUACGUCAGCCUGGUGUGAUCGAAAAGCACUCAAAGGAGUGGCUUGAGCUUGCAACACAGUCCGCCAGCGCUGGCGACCCGGACUCGGCGCUGCAACUGGCAUUCUAUCACCUCCGUAAAGACGGAUGGCGUCCCGUGGAGCCGAACAAGAAACGUCGAGACUGGACCGGCAUCGAGUGGCUCGCGGUCAGCGCGGCGCUCUCGGCCCCCGAGACGGGAUCAAUGGCCGUAAAGUACCUCGGAUUGGCCCAUCUGUUGCGUGAACACGGAUACGCGGAUGAAGGCAUAUCGUGGAUCGACUUUGCAAAGGAGAGCAUCGGGGAGGCGGGCCUCGACCCCGAGAACAAGUGGCACAACUACCUCGGCGAGUUCCAGCAGGCUUGGAAGGACACGGACGAGUCUCUGAAGAAAUACGAGAAAUCCAGCAACGAGUUUCUGGCCCAGCUGGAGCAAACCUAG